AUGGAAGUGUAUCUGAAAUGUGGAAUCCUUGGAGGACUCUUGUUCAGAAUAGCAUUAGCGGUAUCGGUGCAAGAAAAUUACACGAUAUGUAAUUGGGCUCGUCUGAGGGCUGCGGUCGUGAGAGAUGCUCUUUAUCUUGACGGUGGCCUGCUCUGGUGGCAGACUGCUUUUGCAGAUGGGACCACACCGGUGGUGAGCAGCGACGGCAAUGUGGCCGGGGAUAUGUUUCGGCUCAAUUUCUCACACCCAUUCGAUACAACCAUGACGAAUAUAUCUGCACUAUUCGAAAAGAUGCCCAAGGCUGGAGGUGCAGGAAACAACAUUGCCCCAAACUACGUUGAUGGCACAAUAUUUGCUAACAAUGACGAGUUAUAUCUAUAUGGUGGCCUUGGUCCAUUGACGGACUCCUCAACUCCACAGGCUUCCGACACAAUUCUAGGUUAUGAAGCCUAUCAAUACGGUCCCAACAGAGCCAGCUGGAGUCCGGGCUUCUACCAAGGCACUCUACCCGAUGGUGUUACCAGAUAUAUCACCAAUGGCGCUGGGGUCUCCAUUCCGAGCGAAAAUCUAGGAUUCUACUUCAGCGGAAUGCGAUCUCCUGAUUGGGGUCCCAUCUACUAUGAAGAUUCAUCUGCGAACCAGACCGCCAAUACCUUGAUCGAGGUUGACAUGUCGGAAAUGAGGAACGAGAAGUGGACAAACACUACCGUUCCAGACAAUAUCCAGCCGCGGGCAAACGCAGAGUUGGUUUGGAUUCCAGUAUCAGACAAAGGUGUUUUGGUGGCAAUAGGUGGAGUUACUGCACCUGAAGAGAUAUGGCCAGUGGGAUUAAACUCCUCCCAAACGUCAGAUAGUGAAGCCCGAAGUCCAGGGUUCAUGAAGACACUACCCGUGUACGACAUCGAGGGUCAAAAGUGGUAUCUACAAAACACAACCGGCGAUAGCCCUGGCCAAUUGACCGAGUUCUGCUCGGUAGUCGCGACAGCCAACGACUCCUCUUCGUUCAAUGUCUACAUCUACGGCGGCUACGAUGGACUCACUGCGAGUGAUGAACCUUCUGACGAUGUUUGGAUCUUGUCAAUCCCGUCCUUCAAAUGGGUCAAGGCCUACAGUGGCAAUGAAGCUCACGGUCGCUCUGGUCACAGGUGCGUAACGCCCUAUCCGGACCAAAUGUUUGUCAUAGGCGGCAUACAUCAAAACCAAGCAGAGUGCGUUGAAGGAGGCAUCAUCCAGAUUUUCAACUUGAACAAGCUUGAAUUCCAAAACACCUACGAUCCAAACACCUGGGAAGUGUAUAAAGUACCCUCCGUCUUGAGCAAAGUAAUUGGCGGUGACAGCGACGGGGGCGCCUCCGAAACAGCUGCAUGGUCCAACAACACCUUAGGUGGUUUGUUCGCACGAAAGUACGCAGGACAGAUGCCGCAACAAUAUUAUCCCUACCCAUCAAGCGGGACGCUCAAGAAAUCCUCCUCUGGUGGGAGCUCAGGUAUCUCUAAAGGUGCCGUUAUCGGCGUCAGCGUCGCCGCGGCCAUCAUCGCUGUCCUUCUCCUCAUUCUGAUCUUCCUCCUAUUCCGACGCAGGCGCAUCAUCCGCAGCGGCUCAUCGGAGAAGUCAUCCUCAUCCAGUACGUCGCGCGUGACACGCUGGCUGAACGGAGCCUCCUGCGCACCCUCACCACAGAAUAGAUACUCGACGCCUUCACCCCCGGAAGUCCAACAAGUCCCUCGCGCUUCCUUGUCGGAUGAGCCAGCACCACCUCUGCAGGCCCAACGCUACGAGAUGGCCGGCACCGAGCGCCCCAAGCCUCCUUAUGAGCUCGCAACGCCUUACAACAGCGACGACCAACCUCGCCAUUCGACAGUCGUGGACUACGGAUACAAUGCGAAUUUCGGCCACACGUACUCCAACAGCGACUCGAAUACGAACUCGAACUCUAAUAGCGGACCCUCGAGUGAAGAACACCGUCCCUCCCCACUGACAAGCUACAACGGAAACGCUCCCACCAACUCGCCCCUCCGCAAUAUGCGUUACCCAGCCGCUAGCAACAGCCGGUUUACCGAAGACAUGUCCACGCCGAGCACCGACUCGAGCACGACAGGCUCAAGCGACACUACGCCUUGGCCAUUCCCCGCGACGCAGAACACCUGGCGCCAGAACCAGAGCCAAGGCCGUCAGCGCUUCCUCGGCGGCCACCAUGGCCGCCAAGGGAGCGAGAGUAGUUCCGUGCAGCCCAUAAUUGAAGAACACGAGGGCUUUUCACCGAGAGAGCCUGAGGACGCGCGGGAUAUUGGCGCCUCUGAAGGUGAACGUGAGACGUUUUCGUUCCAGCACAACAAUGAAAGUGCCGGCAGCAGAGCCGGGACCCAGCCGAGUCCGGCUGGGGAUGGCGGAACAAUACCCAGAGACGGAGACCGGCGGAGAAGCGUCUUGUCCGUCGUGAGUCCUGUAAGUCCAACGACUGAGAGAAGGCUGUAG